UGCUAAUUUUUUUAUGGAAUUUUGACACUUGGGUCGAGUGUACGGAUUUGUACAUUAAUAUUUACUGUAUACCGAGUAAAGCUUUUUGUACAUUCUACUCAAGUUAGAAACCAAAUUCCACUAAAACUGCGCACUUCCUUGUGGUCGCGUAAACAUAAACAAAGUUUGAUAUAUGAGCGCAUUUUAUGCGUGUGUUUAUCGUUUAACACCUUACAAUUUUACAAGUGCUGUCAGAUUUUGAUUUAAUUAACGUCUACCAUAUGAUGGUAUCAGCUUUCGUUUUCAGUACUGAGUGAAUAUCACUGGCGCAAAGAUCACACAGCACGUCAUAGAGACUGUUGCACCGCGCGCUUUACUGCAAAGAGAGAAGAAUUUAGUGAAAAAUGAAAGCAUUUGUCUUGGUUUUUAUUGUGGGAUUAUUGGUAACCUUAGUCCACAGUUACGGUAAGAUGCUAGAAGCAAAACAUUUUUCAAUAGUCAGCAAAAUAUCGUAAUAUUUACAAAAUAACAUUGGCUUGCAAGUUGGGAUCUUAUUUGUUUAGUAGAGCCUUGUUUGUCCAUUUAAAACAUUUUGUGACUUUGAUUUUAAAUCGAAAUUCUUUGGUUUACCUAACUCAAAAGUUGUUGAUCGAAAAUCAACAAGAAAUUCAUCAUUCGCUUGGCAUUCAAACCGUGCUAUAGACGUACUAAUAUUUUGUUUAUAGAAACGAAGACAUGUGUAAUCAUUGAUUACUAUUUGAGUGUAAAUUGGUUGUUUUUAGCUAGACUUUAGACUAAUUUGACAAGACUAAAUACUCUUUGAUAUUUCUAACUUGUGCAGUUACAGUAACUAAAUAUUUUUCAGUGGCUAAAUUCUCCAAGAAGACCAAAAGCCUAGGUGCGCAUUUUGUUGAUGAUCGCAAAAAUGCUAUACAGUAUACGAAUAGUCAUGCUCAAGACUGUUUGACAUUUCGCGGUGUUAUAAGCUUUGCGUCUCGUACAAUAACUAAAUCUUUCUUUCCAAGUGGAUAUAUCAUCGAAGAAGGCUAAAGGCCAAGACGCACAUUUGUUUGAUGAAAGCAAAAACUUCACAGGUUAAAAUUUUAAGACCUUGACUUGAAACCGGACAGGAUUUUCUCAUUUUUAAAAGCUUUGUUGAAGUAUAACUAUUCUGUAUUUAAGCCUCGAAUGCAUUUAACGAAAGAAAACUCUGCAAAGCUGAGUGUAGGACACCAACCUAGCAGAAUUUCAGCUUAGGUAAUUGUAUUCAAAUACACUUGAAUCUACCACACAUACCCUUUGUGGUAGAUUCUCGCGAGCCUAAACUUCAAAAUAUUGUUUCUCAGCGUAGGUUAUAGUGGUCUAGAAACACACACCGUUUGUGGUAGUUCAAACGGCAUGUAAUAUGAUCAGGCGUUUCUACAGAACAUGUUUUUCUACUUUAGAGAGCAAUUAAUUUCCAUUUCUAUUACCACCAUUCACAAAUAGAACGCUUUAAACCGCGCGAUAUUGUAAUAUGGCGGUCUGUAAUUAGAGAGCGCAUCCAAAAUGCAUUCUUCUUCCAAGCUUUAGAUCGUGCGCGUUUUUCAUGAACCAAUACUGUACAUAUAUUAAAAAGCUAUUCAACCCAGUAAACUCGAUGUAUUUUAACACAUAAAUACAUCGAUUUCAAGUAUAUUGAGUUCACUGAUUCAAUCCUGUUCAAGUAAUAGUUGUGACAUAAUAUUGUUGCACGAAUUCUUUGAUUUCGUUUCGACCAAUUGGAUUGUUCACAUUACUCAUUAGCAUUGUUUUCUGUUGGGGGCAGUAUACCGCGCUAUGGCGCCGAGAAUUUUUCGUGCAAAAAUAGAAGCGACGUGUGUUUGUAAAGAGAUAAGUGAUGAAAAGUCGGGAACUCGAUUGUUGAAGGAAUUCACAUGAAUGUUGAAAGAGCCAAGAAAAACAAAAUGGUUGCGUGCAGAGUUUGAAAAUUGUUUUGCUAAGAAAUGCUUCUUUUCGCUUUGCGAAAUUUAACGUUCUGACUUCUGUGUUCAUGUUUACAAACUGGGCGGUCUUAAGAUCGCGAUAUAUCUUGUACUAUACUGAUACUAAAACUUUGGUACAACAUUAAAGUGUUCGUAAAUAAAGAGGUCUCAGGUCUAUUAGUGCAGAUCACAAAGACAUUGCCCUGGUUUAAAGACCUUUAAAUCACGUAUAUGAAAUAUUUUAAGACGGAAAUUCAACCCAAUAGGCAAUACAAUGCAAACUGCAUGCAAUUAAUUGAGGCUUAUUUAGUUACAUUUUAUCGUAUGAAUAUAUCAGUUAUUGUAAGAGAGUCAUGGAUUCUUCUUUUAUAAUGUUAAAAAUAACCACACAAUGGAAAAUAUAAAUGAGAUAUUUUGUAAUAUAUUCAAACUAACUUCAAUCAAUCUUCAUAUAAAAGGUUGCAAAUUAUGUUAAUUGUUCCCUUAGGAAAUUGAUACUUCAAGAUGAGCCCAGAAUGUGCUAUCGGCACCAUAAUGCGUCUUAAACAGCAGUAUACUGCAUAUUUAGGCAGCUUAACCGGUGCGCAUUUUCCGCAAACACAGCAAGAAGCGCGGCGCAAAAAUAUUUUGAAUAAACGUCGACGGUAUUUGAUUAAUCUGCGUGAAAUGCGCUCAGCAUGUCGUAAAAGGUGUAUUGAAAAGCAUCAAAUAUAAGUUGUUAAACGGUUGUAUUUAUACAUAAAAUUUAGUUUAGUUUAGGUUUCCUCCUGUAGUAACACUGGAUUAAUAAGAUAUGAUUCUUGAUGGACCUCUAGGGAGAAGUCAGAACAGUUUAGAAAAAGUCCAACAGGAUUUCAAAAGGUCCCUAGCUCCUUUAUAUUAUUGUAUUUUAACUAUAUUCCCAUUGUAAAUAUUUUUUGUGAGCAAAUAUAUUCUAUUAAAUCUAUUCUAUUUAUCCAUACAGUAUAGAUAAAAUUAAUUUAGUUUGGAAUUUGUUGACCGUCAGUAAACCGACUUAACUUUUUUUCCUCCUUACCAGAUUCACGGGCAAAGCAUGCUUGUGAAGGGAGAUUUCUUUACCUCGACUGCCCGAGAUCAAAGCGGGUAAACAUAUUAUCUGCAAACUUUGGACGAACAAGCAGGACAGUUUGUUCCCGACCAAAUCAAACUUUUGAUGAGAUCCCAAAUUGCAUUUCCACGAAGGCGAAGAAAAUAAUUUAUAGCAAAUGUCAUAAGAAAAAUUUCUGUUCCGUGAAAGCAAGUUCUGCCGAAUUAGGUGGUGAUCCAUGUCCUGGAGUGUUGAAAUAUAUUGAUGUUAUUUUCAAAUGUGGUGAGUAAAACCGUUAUGUAUGGUUGUGAUUGUUACGGAUAUAUAUAUAUAUAUAUAUAUAUAUAUAUAUAUAUAUAUAUAUAUAUAUAUAUAUAUAUAUAUAUAUAUAUAUAUAUAUAUAUAUAUAUAUAUAUAUAUAUAUAUAUAUAUAUAUAUAUAUAUAUAUAUAUAUAUAAGAUUUGGUUUCGUUGGUUAUAAAAACUUUUGGUAAAGUGCUCAAUGGAAAACCAGAGCAUAUUUACAUAUAUAUAUAUAUAUAUAAAGAUAAAGAUAAAGAUAAAAUUAACCUGGUUUACUUCAUAAGAUUUAUUCACUACAACUUGUUUCGUAUGACAAGCAAUGCUUGCCACACUCAUCAUCAUCAUCCUGAUGAGUGUGGCAAGCAUUGCUUGUCAUACGAAACAAGUUUGUAGUGAAUAAAUCUUAUGAAGUAAACCAGGUUCAUUUUAUCUUUAUCUUUAUUAGCUCUAUACUUCGGUAUAUCGAGCACUCUACUCAUAUAUGAUUCUAAAUACAUAUUUGGUAUAUAUAUAUAUAUAUAUAUAUAUAUAUAUAUAUAUAUAUAUAUAUAUAUAUAUAUAUAUAUAUAUAUAUAUAUAUAUAUAUAUAUAUAUACUUUUUACUGAUUUUUAACGCCUUCUUUUCAGCCUUUAGUCAUUGAGUUUACUGGUAUGAGCAGUAUUGAGCCGCAGUGCGCCCUAUACUUAUUCUUUUUACUUGUCUAACGCCAGACGAUUUCACUCGUCAGUGGGGAAGCUCUGCAGCUUACUGGGUUAACCAAAAAAUCAGACAAUGUCUCUAGUUAACCCAUUGGGCUGCAGUGAUUCCCAGUGCACCCUACCUUUUUUACUUGUCUAACGCCAGACGAUUUUACUCGUCAAUGGGGAAGCUCUGCAGCUUAAUGGGUUAAAGUCCUUGAAAAUUCUUCCUGACUUGUACGAACCCUGAAUAGGCUUUUGUCCAUUCGCUUCAGUGAUCCUUCUCACUGAUACUCAUGUUUUGUUCGUCAGCAUAAUGUUAUGAAGGUAAGAAUAAACCAACUUAAAUGCUCUUUUGCUGUUAUUUUGUAGUAAGAAUUGUUCCUUAUCGUAAGAUAACGACAACACAAAGUUUACCUACUCAGACUACAUCAGCGGUUUCUACAAGUACAACAGAACAAGAACUUUCUACCACUCAUUCUAUUGUAAAUAUUUUUGAUGGAAAAUUUUUUGAUGGAAACAGUAUCAAGCCGAAUGAGACAAACGUGAAAGCGAGCAGUAAAGAUCCCAACCACGGGUUUUUUCAUUCCAUGCUAGUUUUGUUGGUUCUUUUGAAAGGUGAGAUCCUAUUAUAGGUUCUUAAUCUUUAGGUGAGAUUUGUUAUAGAAAACUCAAGCCAAUUGUCAUAUAUUUGGUAAUUUGUAAGAUAUCAGAUUGCUGUUUUAUCGUUUAGCAGUGUCAUUUAAGAUAUUUUAUAAGAUGUCAGUCAUAAACACAGCCCCUCGCUUAUGAUGCAUCAUGGAUUGUAAAAUAACAUUAUUUUACAAUCCAUGGAUGCAUUAAAAGCUUAUGAAGAUAAGAUGACUUAACUCCUCUAAUUUAAAGUGGCGGUGUCACGGUGCUGAUUGGCUAAAAUAAACGGUGCAAAGAAACGUUUAAAAUUAAUGCUACAUGAUUGGAAAAGAUGCAGCAGCCUCCAAUUUUUAAAACAAAGCGAGGAUGUCCUCUAUAACGAAGGGAUUAUAAAUAGUAUAUCGUAUUCCACUCCUAACUUGAUUAAUUGUUGGCAAACAGUUUUUCAAGUUCGCGCAUAUUUUGGAUGCGCAGUAGAACCGCGACACUGCCCCUUUAAUGACGUAAGUUGUAUAAUGACGUAAUGUUUAAAUUCUAUUCUAGAUAAACCCAAGCAUUCAUUACUAAGCGUGAUGACCGGUGUUGCCGCGGGUGCAGUGAUAGUCUUAAUUACCGUCCUUGCAUGUGUAUGCGUGGACAAAAGGCGGCAGAAAAAUGAGUCUGCUUGCUUUAACGACGCUACCAUGGGCGAAGCUGUUGAACUUGAAAAAAGCGAACUUUUGGAGAGAAACAAGGGGAGUAAUUCUGAGUCAGCCAAAACAGACGACCAAGUUGAUUCAGCAUUUUGUGAUGAAGAGUUAGACCGUCGAGUUUCGAAUGAUUAUGAAACAACUUCAGAUCUGGCUUACUUAGACCAAUAUCUAGAUGAAUAUAACAAAAACCGUAGUCUGCCCAGACCUCCGGUAGCGGGGAAUGGUCGCCGGGAUAGUGGAUCACAGAGAAUGUCUCGUAGAGCACACAAUGACGGGAGCAAAGGUCGGAGUUACGAUUAUAACUCGAACAACGAGAACAGUUUUACUACGUUUUCUUAAAUUUUGAAAUUUCGGGAGAAAACUAGAGCACUUUUUUACCUACACGUUCAGACAAAUCCACGGCAUCUCAAAGGUUUCUUGUCAAACUGGGAAACAUUGUUCAGUUUAGAAUCCUGCUUCAAAAGCCGAAGUGGGCAAAUCAGGAAGCGUUGUUUCUUAAUCUUAGCCAUUUUUCUCGAUGGUGAACAAACAAAGAGACAUUGUUUCCUCAACUGAAAAAACAUUUUUGUAAAUAUUUUUGCUUUCUGACGUAAGCAAUUUUUUUCCGCCGCAAUGUUUCAAAACUCGAAAGACAAAAGGUCAAUAUUUGAAGAAUACUUCCUUGUUUUUGCUCCUGCCACUGCAUGGGCACUGGCACUGCAAUUUCCUUUUCUAGAAGAGGUGCAGCUACGAGCUCUAACUUUCAGGGAGAAAUAUGCUGCUUACUAGUCAUAGUUCAAUGUUUUUCAACUGAUGUCCUACGCACUAGCGGCAAUGCCAAUGAUCAAUCAUAUAACAUAUUGCUUGAAAUUUCAGCUGCUAGAAAUAAUUUAAAUAAUAAUACGUAUUUUGUUAUGAUAAAAUAUCACUUAGAUGCGUUUAGCAACAAAUUGAUCCAUGUACAUCACAAUCGAAGGUUUCAAUUGGGAAUCUAUUUUCUUUAAUAUUUAGCUCAUUUAACGGGUAGGAAAUAUUGAUAAGUUGAGGCAACAAAGAAUAGCGUAAAUUUGUCGGUUUUGUUUGAGUUAAUAUCUGUAGCUGUUAGCCUUUAUCACCAUAGUUGAUGUUUUUGAAUAUUAAUAUAUAGAGUCAGGUGGGGGCAUGCAUGCACAAUUUUUGAGCCAUUUUUAUAUCAUCAACUCAUUCACGUCUUAAUCUAUGUUUCAAGAUGCUAAUCUUCACAUUGUGUUUUAUUUUGUACUUUUUGAAACUGUCGAGUAGUUUUUUAUGUUCAAAUAAAGUUACAUUUUAAAAUAAUCUGUCAGACU